AGUAACGUCGGCCGUUGCUCUCAAGUAUCUCUCAUCAAUUGUAUUUCUAUUUGUGCUGAUAACUCGUUAAACGUUGUUUUCGGACUUGAUUAGUACGUGUUCUAACGCUUUCACUCCAGUGAUUUAAUUUUUAAUCAAUAUUCCAUAAUGUCGGAGGACUCGGUGGCACCUUUUAGUAGCGUCGAUAUCAACAAUGAAAACAGGGAUGACGAAGAUCUUUUUGCUUCAGCGGUUCAGGAAGUAAGUUUGGAUUCUGAAGUAAAUGGAGUAAGGGAUAGUCUAGAAAAGAUUAGCAUUGUGGAUGCUGCAGUAACAACAGCUUCUAUAGGUAGCCCCAUUAUGGAGGAGAUUGUUACUGAACGUGCUAACAACAUAAUAGUGACUAUAACUGAACCUCAGAAAAUUGGGGAAGGAAUGAGUUCAUAUGUGGCGUAUCGAAUUCUCACUAAGACCAAUAUGCCCAUUUUUAACAAACAUGAAUUUGGAGUGUUGCGUCGUUUUAGUGAUUUUCUUGGUCUGCAUGAAAAGCUCUCCGAAAAAUAUUUACGUUCUGGUAGAAUAAUACCCCCUGCUCCUGAAAAAAGUAUUGUUGGUACAACAAAACUAAAAAUGUCAUCAACAUCAUCGACUGAGAGUAUCAAUGGUAAUUCUGGGACAAACGCUCAUACACAAUUUGUCGAGCGUCGUCGUGCGGCACUUGAGCGAUUCUUGAACAGAUUAGCUCAACAUCCAGUGUUAUGCAUAGACCCUGAUUUUAGGGAAUUUUUGGAAUCGGACACGGAAUUACCUAAAGCGACAAGCACGUCUGCCCUAAGUGGAGCUGGUAUGAUGCGGCUCUUGAACAAAGUCGGAGAAACAGUUAAUAAAAUCACGUAUCGCAUGGAUGAAUCUGAUCCUUGGUUUGAAGAGCGCAUUGCACGCGUGGAGUCCCUGGAAGCGGGGUUACGCAGAAUGUGCGGGGCGUGUGAAGCCUUGGCCAGCGAACGCCGCGAGUUGUCCGUUCGGUCGCACGAAGCAGCCCGAUGUAUCGCGGCCGCUUCGGCCGCGGACCCACACGCGCCCCUCUCUAGGGCCUUGUCAAAUUUAUCCGAUGUAUACGAUAAGGUAGAGCAUUUAAGAGUGGAGCAAUCAAACACCGACUUCUAUGUGUUGACUGAACAUAUUAAGGACUAUUUGGGUCUCAUUGCGUCAAUCAAAGAUGUCUUCCACGAAAGGGUUAAGGUAUUUCAAAACUGGCAACACGCUGAAAUGCAACUAAACAAAAGGAGAGAAAACAAAGCGAAAGCGGAAAUCGCAAAUCGGCCUGAGAAGAUUGAACUCGCUUCCAAUGAGAUUAUUGAGUGGGAAUCAAAAGUGGAGCGUUGUCACACAGAGUUUGAUACAAUCUCUCGCGUGAUCAAGAAAGAGUUGGAGAGAUGGGAGGAGAUAAGAGUGUCGGAGUUGAGGACCACCAUUUUGAGAUACCUCGAGGAACAUAUGAAGCAUCAGGCACAGUCGAUCAGGUACUGGGACGGUUUCCUCCCAGAAGCUCAUGCGAUUAAAUGAGAUAGGCCCUAUGCCCGAACUCGCGGCAUUUUCAGAGUAUACAAAUAUUAAUAAUGACACACGAAUAUUAUAUUAAAAUUCAUAAUCCUAACUUUCCCUUUAAAAAAUUUCAUUUAGUUUUUGUUGUCGUGUCGAUUUUUUAAUUUUUUUUGUUCUGAAAAUCUACGACUUGUAACAAUCACUUGUAGAAACUGGGUUUAAGCUGUCGGUAUUAUGUGAACUGCGAAAUAUAUUAGUUUGUACUGGA